GUGCUCCUUUUCGGUCCCCCGGGAACAGGUAAAACACUGUGCGCCAGAGCUGUAGCCAAUCGCACAGAUGCUUGCUUCAUCCGUGUCAUUGGCUCCGAGUUGGUGCAAAAGUAUGUUGGUGAAGGAGCUCGAAUGGUGCGAGAGCUCUUCGAAAUGGCCAGAUCCAAGAAAGCCUGUUUGAUAUUUUUCGAUGAAAUUGAUGCCAUUGGAGGAGCUCGAUUCGAUGAUGGAGCGGGUGGGGAUAAUGAAGUCCAAAGAACAAUGUUGGAACUAAUUAAUCAAUUGGAUGGAUUCGAUCCAAGGGGAAACAUUAAAGUAUUGAUGGCAACGAAUAGACCCGAUACUCUCGAUCCGGCACUAAUGCGUCCUGGUCGUUUGGAUCGUAAGGUUGAAUUUGGUUUGCCCGAUUUAGAAGGACGAACUCAUAUAUUUAGAAUUCAUGCUCGAUCAAUGUCCGUAGAGCGUGAUAUACGUUUUGAAUUGUUGGCACGUUUGUGCCCCAAUUCAACUGGAGCUGAAAUUAGAUCGGUUUGCACUGAAGCUGGUAUGUUUGCUAUACGUGCAAGGCGAAAAGUUGCCACAGAGAAGGACUUUUUGGAAGCAGUUAAUAAGGUUAUUAAGAGUUAUGCUAAGUUUAGUGCAACGCCUAGAUAUAUGACUUAUAAUUAAAUUAGUCAAUUCAAUAAUAAUUAAGUUUUGUGAUUAAAAAAAAAAAAUAGAUUAUUAUAAUUAUGUAUACAUUA